CUCCCCCAGCCGAAAACGAGGCCCGGCCAACUUCUCUUUGCCUUCCCUGCUGCCCCAUCUUGGAUCCCUCCCCACUUCGAUUAAAGAAACGUCCUCCCUCUCAAGUCUCCAAGUUUUAAAAACCAAUUUCCCCAUUAUAUUCUUUCUUUCUCUCCAUUCCAUGAAUGAGAGAGGUCCCUCUUCAUUACCACAACUUCGCUUGUGUUUUGUAGCUCUACUUUUCAUGGCACUGCUCACUUCCUUACCAGAACCACGGAAGACGCCAUCAGAGAAGACCAGUCAUAAUAACAAGAAACAUCCAUCAAAACGCAGGAAAAAGCAACAACCUCAGAAGCCACCAUCAUCGUGGGACCAAUUCAAGAACUUGUUGACUUGCAAGCAGAUCGAAGGGUCAAAAGUUCAUGAUCCCUCAAUCCCAAAGUUGGGGUCUUGCAGCUCAAUAUGCUCUUUCAGGGAUGUUGUUUAUGGGAACACGAGCAGGGUGGUCCACAGAGCUGAUAAUUCUCCUGAAAGCAGUAGCGUUGGACAGGAAACGCGACUUCUUAGCAAGAAAUCUUCUCAUGGAUCAUCCUCCAGGUCUUUCUCAAGCUCACUCAGAUCAAACGGUACUAGUGUGACGUACAACAAUGGGUCCUGUAGAGGCAUGCAAUUCAGAAAGCUCUCUGGAUGUUAUGAGUGCCACACCAUAGUUGAUCCUAGCAGGUAUCCUUUGCCAAGGACAACCAUAUGUGCUUGCUCUGAAUGCGGAGAGGUCUUCCCAAAAAUUGAGAGCUUGGAGCAUCAUCAAGCGGUCAGGCAUGCUGUGGGUGAGCUGGGACCCGAAGAUUCAAGCCGCAAUAUCGUGGAGAUAAUCUUCAAAUCAAGCUGGCUCAAGAAGGACAAUCCAAUCUGCAGCAUCGAACGGAUCCUAAAGGUCCACAACACUCAACGCACGAUCCAACGGUUCGAGGACUGCAGAGAUGCAGUGAAGAUACGUGCAAACAGCAACAGCAAGAAAAACCCCCGGUGCGCCGCCGAUGGCAACGAGCUGCUAAGAUUCCACUGCACCAGCCUCACUUGCUCGCUCGGCGCACGCGGGUCCUCCAGCCUGUGCGGCUUAGUCCCCGGCUGUGGAGUAUGCACUAUCAUCCGGCACGGCUUCCAAGGUAACAAGUCGAGUGGAGUCCGCACGACCGCAAGCAGUGGUAGGGCCCACGACUGCCUUGGCCUGGGCUCCGACGGUGGCCGGAGAGCGAUGUUGGUUUGCCGUGUAAUAGCAGGGAGGGUGAAGCGCAUGGCGGAUGAUGCGGCGGUGGAGGAGGACGAUGCUGGCACGUUGGCUGCCGGCUCAUACGACUCGGUAGCCGGGUACGCCGGAGUGUACUCGAAUCUCGAGGAGCUUUACGUAUUUAAUCCCAGGGCUAUCCUACCUUGUUUCGUAGUGAUCUACAAAGCCCUUGAAUCUUAGGUUUGGCGUUUUCUCACGUAGUUUUCUGUGUUGUAUUGUACGACGCGAUUGUAGUUUUACCAUUUUACUGUGGCUAUCCAUAUUCCCAACUGUUUUUGUUGGGAAGAAAAGUUCCAAAGUCUGAGGAAGAAAACAGAGGGAAGAGAAAAAGAAAAAGAAAGGAAUAAUAAACUAAAUCUACGACUACAGAUGGCUAGGAGAUGGACCAUUCUCGGUGUUGUACAUAACAAGAUGCUUUCUGGGUGGCAUUUACUUGUCAAAUUGUUUACAAAAGAGGAAAAGGUUGACGAGCCUUGUCUGGUUCAA